GCAGCUGUCCCGUGAGAGGUGUGGGGCUCCAGAGCCACCUCCAGCAGAGAAAUCUUGGGAGCAGGCGUUGCGCCCUGUUCUGCCUCCCGGGCAGGGAGAGGGACUCAGGGUGUCUGUGUCUUAUGCCGUGAAGUGAUUGACAGGUACCCAGGAAGUUUCUAGUCCACUGGAUGAUUUUAAGACUCACACUAUCGCUGAGAAGAUUCAAGGCAAGAGAGAAAAUAAAGUUAAAGAUUAAGCUUUUGACCUUGACAGAGGUCAAAAGGUUUGGUGAAAGAUUUAUGGGACUAAUACCAGUAAAUGUAGACCUUCAACACGGUGUAAAGUUGCAAGAAAGUCUUCCGAGAGAAGAAGGAAUGCCUGUUCGGUCCUGAAUCAGUGGAUGGAGACCAAACCUCUCAGCAAGACAAAGAGCAAAGUCAGCCUCGUAAGCAAAUGGAUAACCAGUUCCCUUCCAGAAAAGGUCCAUGUUUCUGUUCUUUCCGAUAUGUCUUGGCACUCUUUAUGCAUUUUUGUAACAUUGUGAUAAUCGCACAGCGCAUGUGUCUGAGCCUCACCAUGGUAGCCAUGGUGAACAACACGAAUCUACAUGGUUCGCCCAACACCUCCGCAGAGAAGCGCCUGGAUAAUACAAAGAACCCCGUCUAUAAUUGGAGCCCUGAUGUCCAGGGUAUCAUCUUUAGCUCCAUCUUCUAUGGCGCUUUUCUCAUUCAGAUUCCUGUUGGAUACAUCUCUGGAAUAUACUCUAUAAAGAAAUUGAUUGGCUUUGCAUUAUUUCUGAGUUCUCUGGUCAGCAUAUUCAUCCCGCAAGCUGCUGCAGUCGGAGAAACUUGGAUCAUUGUAUGUAGAGUAGUCCAAGGAAUAACUCAGGGGACAGUCACAACAGCCCAGCAUGAGAUAUGGGUCAAAUGGGCUCCUCCCUUGGAGCGAGGCCGCCUUACCUCUAUGAGUCUAUCAGGGUUUCUGCUGGGUCCGUUCAUCGUCCUGCUUGUAACGGGUAUCAUUUGUGAAUCUCUGGGCUGGCCCAUGGUCUUCUACAUUUUUGGUGCUUGUGGCUGCGCUGUGUGUCUUCUCUGGUUCGUUCUGUAUUAUGAUGAUCCCAAGGACCACCCAUGCGUGAGCCUGCAUGAGAAAGAAUACAUCACGUCCUCCCUCAUCCAGCAGGGCAGCUCAACAAGACAAUCUCUGCCCAUCAAGGCUAUGAUUAAGUCUCUUCCACUCUGGGCUAUUUCUUUCUGCUGUUUUGCUUAUUUAUGGACAUACAGCAUGUUGAUUGUAUACACCCCAACGUUGAUCAACUCCAUGCUUCAUGUUGACAUAAGAGAGAACGGGCUGCUGUCCAGCCUCCCCUACUUGUUUGCCUGGAUCUGUGGUGUCAUAGCAGGUCACACAGCAGACUUCCUCAUGUCCAGGAACAUGCUCAGCCUAACUGCUAUUCGGAAACUCUUCACGGCGAUAGGACUUCUCUUGCCUAUAGUCUUCAGCAUGUGCCUGCUCUACCUGAGUUCCGGCUUCUACAGCACCAUCACUUUUCUCAUACUUGCUAAUGCAAGCAGCAGCUUCUGUUUGGGAGGAGCACUUAUCAAUGCCUUGGAUCUUGCUCCCAGGUAUUAUGUAUUUAUUAAAGGAGUUACAACUUUAAUUGGGAUGACAGGAGGAAUGACUUCUUCCACCGUGGCUGGAUUGUUCCUUAGUCAGGAUCCAGAAUCUUCCUGGUUUAAAAUCUUCCUCCUGAUGUCCAUCAUUAAUGUGAUAAGCGUGAUUUUCUACCUUAUAUUUGCUAAAGCAGAAAUCCAGGACUGGGCUAAGGAAAAACAACAUACACGGCUCUGAAGCUCCCUGCUGAUGCACCUGGGAAGCAGCAGACAAUGGCUCAAGUACUUGAAUCUGCCACACAUGGGAGAGAUCCAGAUGGCGUUCCCAGCUCCUGGCUUCAGCCCGGCUCAGACCCAGGUGUUGCCAUCACUGAGGGAGUGAACCCUCAGUAGAUGGAAGGUCUCUCUCUCUGCCUUUCAAAUAAACAAAAUAAAUAAUUUUUUUUCAAAAAAUACCAGGUUAGAAGUAAUGUAAAUUAAAAGAUAUAAUUGCAUGGUCUUAAAGUCUUUUAAAUUAUUGCGUGUUGUUUUGCACUGAUAUAAAUAAAUUUCAUUAUAUAAAUUUGAUGAGCAGAUUUGGGUCUGGAAAGGGCAGCAAAUGGCCAGCACGGCAGUGCAGUGGAUUAAGCCACCUCUUGGGAUGCCUGCAUCCUGUGUCAGGUCCCUGCUAGUCCACCUGUGAAGCAGCAAAUGAUGACUCAAGUGCUUGCGUCCCUGCCCCCCAGUGGGAGACCCAGGUGGAGUUCCAGGCUCCCAGCUUUGGCCUGGCCAGCCCGAGCUGUUGCUGCCAUUGGGGUAAUGAACUAGAAUAUGGAAGAUCCCUUUCUCCCUGUGUUUUUCUCUCUAUCUCUGUCACUCUGCCUUCCAAAAAAAUAAAUAAAUCCACCUUUAAAAUGAGCAGUAGAGAAUGACAUUCCUUGGUUUCAUGAAAGUCCAUGGGUGGUGGGGACAUGUUCCCUCUGCCUCUUUUACCAGAGUAAACUUGGUCACUUCACAGGGCUAUG